AUGGCGCAAACGGCCACAACCGCGGUGCCGCUCGGCUGGUCGGACCAAUCGUGCCCGUGCUGCUUCCGCCCGGGUGCGCCGCUCUGCGAGGACUUUACGCCUUUCGACAUGGCUCUCAAGGUUGCCGGCAUGCGCAGCUUGCUCAAGGCGCACUCUCUCGCGGCAUAUCUUGUGCCUUCGGGCGACGCGCACAGCAGCGAGUACGUCUCUGAGGCGGACAAGCGGCGCGAGUGGCUGACUGGCUUCACCGGCAGCGCCGGAACCGCUCUCGUGACUGCCGACAAGGCGCUCGUGUGGACAGACGGCCGCUACUUUGUGCAGGCGGCCAAGCAGCUCUCGGGGACAGAGUGGGUGCUGAUGCGCUCGCAUGAGCCGGGGGUCCCCACCCUCGAGGAGUGGGUCCGGACGCACUUGCCGGAGGGUGCCGUCGGCGCCGACCCGAGGCUCAUCUCCAUCGACUUUGCCGACGG